AUGGCAACGCCAAUUUCAACUAUUCCGGAUCUAGUCGCUUUGCUUUCCUCUCUACUCCUCCUCGCCUCGUGCGUUUCAGGAAACGCCCAACCUGUUCACCUCGAAACAUUUUGCAACAACGAUUCCAAUUACACUCUCGACAGCAAAUUCUACGGUAACCUCAAUGUCCUCCUCAUACGAUCGCUUUACAACUACGGCGGAAUUUCCGGCUUCUACAACGCAACCGAAGGAGACUACCCGAACAAAGUCUACGGCCUUUUUCUCUGCAGAGGUGACGUCGAUCCUCGUACCUGCCAGAACUGCAUUGACCUGGCCGGCCGGGCGAUUCUCGAGAGCUGCACUGGCCGGAAAAGAGCAAUCAUAUGGUACGACCAGUGUCUGGUGCGCUACUCCGACGAAUCAUUCUUCCAUGUUAUGGAAGCGACGCCGGCGUUUUAUCUGGUUGAGAGGCCAGGGAACAUAACUUACGGACUAAACCCAGAUGAAUGUCAUCGGGCAAUGAGUGAAGUUUUCAGAAACCUGAGCACGACGGCGGUUUAUACUCCUUCUAAGCACAUGUAUGAGACCGGCCGGGUAAAUAUUUCCGGCAGGGUGGAGUUGUACGGGCUUGUGCAGUGUACGCCUGAUUUGUUGGCAUCGGAUUGUGUCAAAUGUCUCCAAGGUGCCGUUUCUGAGCUUCCGAGACCCCGAGAUAAACAGGUAUGGGGGCAAGGGGCGAGAGUUCUCACACCCAGUUGUAACAUAAGGUACGAGAUAUAUCCCUUCGUCGCUGAGGGAGGUACCUCUGCUAAUAGGACUGGCGGCACUGAUGGGGGGAAAAGAAGAAAGGCGAUGUGGAUCACACUUAGCACAAGUGCAUUAGCGUCAAUGCUUGUUAUUUCUUGUUUAUACUUUAUAUGGAGAAAGAAGAACAUUGUAGAGUGUAAUGAAAACAACCAAGACUUGCAAUUGUCCAACAUUGGGCUAGGAAGAUUAAUGGGAGUUGGCUACUUGAAAGAUCAUUUACAAAAAGGCAACGAGGUGAAAUCAGAAAACUUUCCAAUGAUCCAGUUAGACAAUAUACACAUUGCUACACAAUAUUUCUCUCAUGAAAAUAAGCUUGGAGAAGGUGGCUUUGGUUCAGUGUACAAGGGUACAUUAGUGGAUGGCAAGGAAAUAGCAGUCAAGAGGCUAUCAAGAAACUCUGGCCAAGGACUACAGGAAUUCAAGAACGAAGUUGAUUUAAUUGCUCGACUACAACAUAAAAAUCUGGUGAAACUCUUGGGUUGUUGCUUGGAGGCAAAUGAGUUGCUACUCAUCUAUGAGUAUAUGCCCAACAAAAGCUUAGACUUGUUCCUCUUUGAUUCAACAAAAGGUACACAACUGGAUUGGAAAAAAUGCCUCAACAUUAUUAAUGGAAUUGCUAGAGGCCUUUUGUAUCUUCACGAGGAUUCUCGUCUUAAAGUUAUACAUAGAGACCUCAAAGCAAGUAAUGUUUUGCUAGAUCAUGAGAUGAAUCCAAAGAUAUCAGACUUCGGAAUGGCAAGGAUUUUUGGUGGGAAUCAAAAUGAAGCUAAUACAAACAGAGUGGUUGGAACUUAUGGAUACAUGGCUCCAGAAUAUGCCAUCGAUGGACUCUUUUCAGUUAAAUCCGAUGUCUUCAGUUUUGGAGUUAUCAUACUAGAGAUAAUAAGUGGGAAAAAGAAUAGUGGGUUUCAUAUAUCUGAACAUGGUCAAAGCCUCCUCACCUUUGCAUGGAAAUUAUGGUGCGAGGGUCGAGGAUUGGACUUGAUGAACUCAUUACUAGUAGACUCAUGUGUAGCAGAUGAAGUAUUGAAAUGCAUUCAUAUUGGAUUAUUAUGUGUACAAGAAGACCCAAUAGAUAGACCUACUAUAUCAUCGGUAGUUGUCAUGCUAGCAAGUGACACCUUGACACUUCCUCAACCAACACAACCAGCAUUUGGGCGAGUUGUCAUGAGAUCUAUUCUUUCAUCGCCAACUAAUAAUGUGUGCUCUGCUAAUGUGGUAACUAUUUCAAAUGUAUUGCCUCGUUGA